AUGAACACCCUGGGCUAUGUUGCGCGUCAGUUGGAUGUCCUUGCCGCUGCAAAGACCCCUCCGACGACAGACGACGCGCCCGGCCAGGACUCGAUCCCCCGUGCCCGCUCCUUCCUCAGGUCCGCACCGCGCAUCCAGCCCCAGCGCUCCCACUCGACUCCCUCCCUCCACUCACCCGUCCCGCCAGUCCCGCCAGCUACCGCCGUAGACCCGUCCAUGCCCGUCGGUCCAGCACCAGCCGCGCCCUCGCCGUCCCGAUCAAAGCAGCACAUCGAGGUCGUCAUCGACCAGAUCUUCUUCAUCCGCGUCUUCCUCGUCGUCUGGGACCACCUCAAGUCCGCCUGGUCCUCCCUCGUCGACAACCUCUCCCUCCUCACAUGGCAGAACGCAGCUGCCAUCGACGCAAUAUCCAAGGGCAAGGCAAAGGAGACAGAUGCAGACCUCGUCCUCGAGUCCACCAUCCAGCUCCACGCUCUCCGCUCAGCUGCUAGUCCGCUCGGCCCAGCUGCUGCAGCAGAACCAUCCCUAGCACCCCCAUCGCCCGCAGCCACCGCCUCCCGAUCUGCUACUCCCGUCCUCGCAACACGCAAGUCGCCCUUUCACCUACCAAAGACUCUCGUGCUCGACCUCGACGAAACCCUCAUCCACUCAACGUCCCGGCCCAUCCCUCCACAGGGCGGCUCGGGCAUCCUCAGCUGGGGCGCCUUCGGCCAGCGGAAACAAGGCGCAGGCCACAUGGUCGAGGUCGUGCUCGGCGGCAGGAGCACCCUCUACCACGUCUACAAGCGCCCCUUCGUCGACUUUUUCCUGCGCACCGUCUCCGGCUGGUACACCCUCGUUAUCUUCACCGCCUCGAUGCAAGAGUACGCGGAUCCCGUCAUCGAUUGGCUAGACGCAGGUCGCGGCAUCUUGGGCCAUCGUCUCUUCCGCGACUCAUGUACGCAACUACCGAACGGCUCGUACACAAAGGACCUCUCGGUAGUAGAGGCUGAUCUCUCCCGCGUUUGCCUCGUCGACAACUCUCCGAUUAGCUACAGCGUCAACGAAGCAAACGGCAUACCCAUCGAAGGCUGGACGCACGACCCCUCAGACGAAGCCCUCCUCGACCUCCUCCCUGUCCUCGACUCCCUCCGCUUCACCUCGGACGUCCGGCGCGUCCUCGGUCUGCGCACAGCCGGAGUCCACUAUCCCAACUCAUGA